ACCCUCCCCUCCUAAAUUGUAGACGUCAUUUUUGAAUAAGCUCAGUCAAGAAAAAAAAAUUGUUUCGAGGAUUUCAGAGACGUUCUAUCGACAUCAAGUCUCGUUCAAUUCAUUCUUUUAGUUUUUAUUUCCAUCAUUAGCAGAACAUUCAUUUUCAUUGCUUCGCUUCUAUUUUUUUUUACUUUAAAUCUUGUGUUUUAUUAUCACUUUAUAAAACAACAAGUACCAAGUUUUUCGAAAUUAUUAAAUAGAAAGUGAUUUAGCUUCAACGAAACCAAAUAAACAAACGAAAACGAUAAUCAUGUCUCAAAUCGGUCGUGCUUUGGAAGCUCCAAGGCCUCUUAAAUCGACAAUAAAACAGCAGUCGAUGCCGAUUUAUCAGCAAAAUAUCGAAAUUACAUCUAUUGAAGAUCUUAUUGCCAUCACCGAGGCUGUCGCUAUGUCUCUAAAUCAAGGAGAUGUAUCGAUCGAACUUUUCAACAAAAUGUUUCAAAGCUUAGUAAUGCAUGGACAACAACUUGAAAUAUACUCGAAAGAAAUUCUUGACCGCUGCUUUAACGUUUUUCGAAAUGCAUCUCAAGACGAUCGCUUAAAGAUAUCGAUUCGCUUAAAUCUACUUAAUCUCAUUGAAUUGCGUGCAAACUCCUGGGUUGGUAACAAAUGUGCAGAUUACUACAAAUCAAAAGCUCAAUCUGAGUCCGAUAUUGAGCUUACAUUGCUGAGUAGCUCUCCAUCGAUUGGAAUAAAUGCUUUUGCUGGACAAUCUCUUGGACCAGGCGAAGUUGUAAAGAACUCUGGCAAAUUCACAAAACCGACCAAAAUUCCAGGCAAAAAUUACUCUAAAGAUGAGAUUAUCAUCCGUAAUUCAGACAGUGGAAAAGUCAAUGCUGGUGCAAAAGAACGUCUAGUCCAAAUUACUGGUCCACAUGAAGACAACAUCAAUUAUGCUAAAAAUCUCAUUGAAGAUACUAUUAAGCGCAACGCAAGUCCAAUUCGUGAAACACAAGAAGGUUCGAUGAGUUCACUUGCAUCAUCUGACGAUCAGCAAAUGAGUGGCAUGCGAUCACGUGGUGGAAUUCAAAUGUCACAAAAUCCAAAUAUUCCUCAACUUCCAAUGACCAACAAGCUAAGCCGAAGCAACUCACAUCACAAUGCAGCAAAUUAUCUCACUCAUAGUGCAAGUGCAAAUGAUGCUUCCUUAGGAGAAUAUAAAUAUACAGUAAAUGUCGGAAAUCAUUCUCUGAAGAUUACUGGAGAUUCACUUGAGCUAGUAAAGGUAGCAAAGCUUGUUCUGGAUGACUUUUUCACAAACGAUGAAUUCCUUAAAUCACAUGAAGCUACAAUAAUGAACUCAGAUAUGGGAUUAGUUCCUGCAGCUCAUCAAUUACCAUCUCAGCCAUCACCAUUCAUCGAUAGUGGAGUUCACUUAGAUCUUUUAUCACGCUCUGCUUCUGGAAUGAAUGUUGUGGCACAACAACAAUUAACCAACGAUAUUGACGAUGAAGUAUUUAUGCAUCCAGAUAGUCCUCUUGUCAAUAAUAACGAAAAUAAUGUCUUGACGUCUUCUUCGUCGAUUGAAUCAUCAAGCUCUUCAAAUACCGUCGUUUCGGAACAAACCUCUAGUAUCUUACCAUCAUCUGGCUUAGCACGUUCUCGACGAUCACACUUUUCGCGUAAAGAAAGUACACCAGAAAUGACUAAAACAGCCAAAGGCGAUGUUGAUCAGCGCAUUACAUAUUCUGUUAAGUCGCUUUGGUGGUUCUGCAAAAACUCAUCAUUGUGCAAGUGCACUCCAAGCAACAUGGAACAGAUCCGCAAAGAAUGUCCAUUUAUUGUACGCGAUAAGGUAUGUGAUUUCAAUGAUCGUAAUAAUAACACUGAAAAUUUCAUGGGAUUGUCUAACAUUAACUGUAAUAAUCGACCAAUUCAUCGCGCUGGUAGUGGACGCAUUUUUAAGAAACCAUUUGUUAAAAGCUUAUCAACAAGCAUGAGUCUAGAUGAGACAAAUGAAAGGUUUUUGAUUCAUGACACUAACAAUAACUCAUUCCGACGAUCUACAUCUACAAUAUCUUUGAAAGAUACUCAAUUCAAUGUUCUCCUGCCCAAAGAAGUUUCUCGUGAGGCCUAAUUGGAAGUGUUUCAUUUACAAAUCAAUGUAACAAUUUAUUUCUUCCAUUUUCUUUUAUUUUUUUUUUAUUAAUUUACAAUUCUAGUCGAAAGUAGUGAUUUCCUUGAAUUUUCUUUUAUGUACUAUUAUCAUAUUAUUAUUAUUAUUAUUCGUAAUGUAUAGCACGCAAGUUAGUGUCCAUUUAAUUUUUCGAACGAGAUUUAUCUCAAUUUAUGAUUAAGUUAUUUACGAACGAAAAUGGAAUUUAAACAUUUUUUACGAACCUUUAAUUUUUGAGGACUGUGUAACGUUUACGAAUACAGGGAAAAAUGAUAGAAAAUAUUAAAACUUUACUAAUGAUCUUUGUGUAAAUAAUUUUUGGUCAUUCCUUUUAUAAACUAGUCAACAAACAAAAAAAAAAAAUCUGAUAUAUCCUUUAGCACUGUGAUUAAAUAAUUUAUUAUGCCUUGAAAGAAUGUGUGAUUGAAGAUUCAUUUGUGAAUGUCUCACAAAAAUCUUGUUGUUUUUUCUAAUCAUAAUGCAUAUAUUCCAGAGAUCGAAGCCAAUUUUUUCGAUCUUUAACAUCGGCUAAUUUGAAAUUCUGAGCGCACUAUAGCUACAUGCUGACAAUAUAUUACACAGAAUUGUAGUAAAGCAUAUAAAGUUCAAUUUAAAUGCUUGAAAUGGGUGUCAAAUAGCUUUUUUCUAUCAAAAAAAUCAAAAAUUGAGUUAAGCCGAAAAAAUCAGCUUCGAUCUCUAAUAUAUUCAUAAUUAUACUCAUGAAUAAAAUAAAAUUAAAUUAAAAACUCU